ACACAGCGUGGAACAAAGUCAGCGCAAAACAACCAUAUAAUUAUCACAAAACAACAAUAAAAUUAACGCAAAACAACCACAAAAUUACCAUAAAACCAACAUAAAAUUAACACAAAGCCACUGUAAAAUCACCACAAAACGACCAUAAAACCACCAUAAAAUUAACACAAAACAACGACAAAACCAACACAAGAUCACCACAAAAUAAUCACAAAACCAACAUAAAAUCAACACGAAAUCACCAUAAAAUCAACAUAAGCUGUGUUGUUAGUGUUGUCUUAGUUUUGUGUGUUUGUGUUAAUUUUGUGUGUUACUUUUGUGUGUUUCUUUGUGUGUUUGUUAGUUUUGUGUGUUAAUUUUGUGUGUUAGCUUGUGCGAUUAUUUUGUGUUUUGUGUGUUAGUUCUGCGUGUUUGUUUUGUGUUUGUUAGUUUUGUGUGGGUUAGUUUUGUGUGUGUGUGUUAGCUUAGUGUUUGUUAGUUUUGUGUUUGUUUCUUAUGGAUGCGGUGAAUUGAUUAUCGAUCGAUCGAUGCCCUCCUCCCCCCGUUGCUACGCAGUGACGUCAGAGGAGAGAAGAUGGCGGCCGUGCUGAAGGCGGAAGGUAACGGAGUUUUAACUCAGAGUUUAGCCUGAAAACACGUCUCUCUCCCCGCAGGCUGCUCUCCGUUCACCCUCUGUGUUUCACCCCAGCAUCCGGAGGCCAGCGGCCGCCGACCGGCCCAGCGCAGCACGCUGGAACCCGGAGGUAAAGCCCCGCAGCUCGGCUCUGGGAGCUGUUUAAUCGCCGCUGGUUGUGUGGAGCGGAGCUAGCCGGCUAGAAGAGCGGCUAAAGCUCCGGACAGACAGCAGCGAUGUUUCUGAGUUAGUGGAUUAAUGGACCGUUUAGCUGGAUGUGGAGGGCCGGGAGUAGAGUUAAAUCUGCGUGAAAACCCGCUGUCACUCCGUCUACCGUCACAGUUAACGAUGCCAGGCUCACAGCAGUGCUAACCGGAGCUUUAGCGCCGGGACCUGUGAGCCGCUGCGGCCGCGGGAGGAGCUGCGGGAGGCGGCGGCAGCAGCCAGGCGAGUCCGCGGUCGGAGCACGGCCUUCGGGGAACGUGUGUGUGUGUUCUGUGGAUCACCUGUUCACUGAAGACCUGCAGCUUUUAGAAAUCAAUAUCCAACAGCAGAAUCCAGACAGAACAGAGCGGGGCAGUGCAGGCGGUUGUGUGUUCUGUGAGACUCAUCCUGCAUGGACCCGUCGCCAUGAGCAACAAGGAGAUGGUUUCCACGGAGACAGAGAACAGAGGACAGAGGAAGGUGUUUGUUCCCAACAAGCUGCUCGAGUGUCUUCCCAGUUCUUCCAGUCUUCCCAGUGAGAGGCUGCGCUGGAACACCAACGAGGAGAUCGCCUCCUACCUGAUAUCCUUGGACAGACAUGAGGAGUGGCUCUCCUGCAGCCUGAAGACCAGGCCGAAGAACGGCAGCAUCAUCCUCUACAACCGCAAGAAGGUCAAGUACCGCAAGGACGGCUACUGCUGGAAGAAGAGGAAGGAUGGGAAGACCACCAGAGAGGACCACAUGAAGCUGAAGGUCCAGGGCAUGGAGUGCCUCUACGGCUGCUACGUCCAUUCCUCCAUCGUGCCAACAUUCCACAGGCGAUGCUACUGGCUGCUGCAGAACCCCGACAUCGUGCUUGUCCACUACCUGAAUGUGCCAUCCCUGGAGGAUUCUGGGAAAUGCAGUCCGCUGCUGUGUGCCGUGUCCGACCGCCAUGACAGCGUGAGGUGGAGCCGAGACGACCUGCUGAGCCAGCUGAAACCCAUGUUCCACAGUAUGAAGUGCUCCGUGGGCUCAGGGGACUUCAGCAUUGAGGAGCUGGUUCAGCACAUCCUGGACCGACAGAGAACCAAACCACAGCCGCGGACACACACCUGCCUCUGUAACACCAUCCAGGUGUCUUCAGGGGUGAACAUUCCCCACCGCUGUAACAGCACCAAGCACCGCAUCAUCUCCCCCAAGCUGCCGCCGUCCUGCCGGCCGACUCAGUCACCGCUGUCUGAGCUGGGGGAGGCCGGAAGGGGGGGAGGAGAUGCCAAACUGCCUCACCUGCAGGCCCAGAGCAGCCCGGCCUCGUCCCCGUCCUCCAGUUCGGCCUCGUCCCCCCCUCAGCCCCACAGAGCCGCCAUCACCGUGAGUAACCACGGCAACGGCUUCUACGGGGACCGCCGCAGCAACCUGACAACGAUGGCGCUGCCCCAGAACGCUGUCAUUGUCAUGGCAACGACGGCUGCUACCAUCGCGGGGGGAGGAGGGGGAGGAGGUGGGGCCAGCGGUGAGGAGGCGGGGCCGACGAGGAGCCUGUCACUCACCCGCUCUGGACAGUUGCUGCUCUCCCCCGCCCUCCCCCCUCCCCCCACAGCUGCUCCCGCCUCCCCUCCCUCCUCCUCCCCCGCCCCCCCGGCCCUCCCCCCCCCUCCCCCCCAGCCGCCGGGCGUGGCCACGCUCUCCCUCACCCUCCUGCCCUCCCCUGUCAUCGGAGGCCUGCUCCUCACCCCUCCCUCCUCCUCCUCCCUCCGCUCCCCCCCUCCCCCUGCUGCAGCCCCCUCCCCUCCGUCUCCCCCCUCUUCCCCCUCGCCGCCUCACCCCUCCCUCCCCCUGGCCUUCGACCCCGACUCCUUCCUGAACUCCCCCAAACAGGGGCAAACGUACGGCGGCCCCCCCUCCAGCCCCUCCCCCGCCCUCUGCACCUUCUCCCCUCUGUCUCCCCCCUCCCUCGCCCUCUCUCUCUCCCCCACCUCCACUCCUCCCUCAUCCGUGUCCCCUCCCUCCUCCCUCUCCUCCCUCUCCUCCUCGGAGGUGGACCGCAGAGACUCCGCACCCUCCUCCUCGCCCCCCUCCUCCUCCCUCCCCCCCCCUCUCUCCCUCUCGCUGUCCCCCACCUCCUCCGUGGCUCCGCCCCUCCUCCCCCUCUGCCUGGAGCUUGGAGGUCUGGGGGAGUCGGAGGGAGGCCGGGGGGAGUCUGGGGGUGAGGGGGAGGUGAUGGAGCGGAGAGGUGAUGAUGAUGAUGAUGAUGAAGGCAGGGCUCCGCCCACCAAGCUGGCUCUGCUGCAGACAAGCCCCGCCUCCUGCAGCUCAUCUCCACGGCAACAGAUGACCAGCUCCACCUCCCUGCUCCUUGUCUGCCAGGACUCGGGCAGCCAGCCGGCCAAUCAGACGCUGCAACAGGCUCCUGAAGCCCCGCCCCCAGCUGAGAUCUCCCAUCAGCUGCAACAGACGGUCGCUCUAAGCUCCGCCCUUGCCGUGCACCCGCCCACUUCCCCUAUCCAGGUGAAGCAGGAGAGUGGGCGGAGCUUCGACACCGAGGACACCCGCAUGGACACGCAUCUGUCGGAGGAGGCAGAGCCCUGCGAGCGUGGGGGGGAGGAGCUGGAUAUCUCCUUCGACAGCCAGUUCCCCGACCUCAUCUCUGACCUCAUCACCGAGGAGGCCAAUCCCGUGGCUGCUCUGCCCCCCGCUGUGUUUCCAGUCCGCUACAUGGUGCCGCCACAGCCCUCCCCCUCCUCCUCCUUCCUCCCCUUCCCUCACCCGCUGCCCUUCUCCUCCUCCUCCCGCCUCGCCUCCAUCACAGACUUCUCACCUGAGUGGUCGUACCCUGAGGGAGGCGUGAAGGUUCUGAUCACUGGGCCGUGGAGCGAGCCGGCGGGUCGCUACUCCUGUGUUUUCGACCAGAGCAUCGUCCCCGCAUCGCUCAUCCAGCCCGGAGUCCUGCGCUGCUACUGCCCCGCCCAUGAGGCCGGCCUGGUGUGUCUGCAGGUCCUAGAGUCCGGAGGUUCUGUGUCUUCGUCGGUUCUGUUCGAGUACCGGGCGAGGAACGCCAGCUCUCUGCCCAGCUCUCAGCUCGACUGGCUCUCAUUGGACGAUAAUCAGUUCAGGAUGUCCAUCCUGGAGCGUCUGGAGCAGAUGGAGCGCAGGAUGGCGGAGAUGUCGGCCCGGGACCUCCACCAGCAGCAGCAGCAGAAGCACAAGCAGCAGAGCGGCACCCAGCAGGCCACCCCCCCUCCGCCUCUACCUGAGGACCACGAACAGUCCUCACAGUGGUUCGAGAGGAGGAUUGUGGGAGUUUGUGAGCGAAUGAUGAAGGGAGGAAGAUGGACAGGAGGAGGAGGAGGAGGAGGAGGAGAGAGGCUUCAUCACUCCAUCCGUCACCGAGGGAUGACACUGCUGCACCUGGCUGCUGCUCAGGGAUACACACACCUGAUACACACUCUGAUACAGUGGAGGAGUGUAAACAGCGACAGUCUGGACCUGGAACAGGAAGUUGACCCUCUGAACGUGGACCACUUCUCGUGCACGCCGCUGAUGUGGGCGUGUGCGCUCGGCCACCAGAGGGCAGCAGAACUCCUGUACAGCUGGAACAGUCUGGCCCUGGGGAUCCCUGAUUCGCUGGGACGCCUGCCGCUCGCCGUCGCUCGUUCCCGCGGACACACCCGCCUCGCCGCCGCGCUGGAGGAGCUGCACACGCAGCGCACACACGUGACGCCCCGGGACUCAAACACGCCUCCCACUGACACACACACUCCGGACACGCCACAGCCACAGCUGCCUCCGUCUCCUCUGUCCACCAGCCCCGACACAGGUCUGAGCUCCUCCAGCAGCCUCCCCUCCCCCAGCGACCCCUCCUCCCCCUCACCAAGCUCCGCCUACUCCAGUGCCCCCGCCCCCAUGGACACCUCCCCCUCCUCACCUUCGUCUCCCUCCUCGUCCUCCUCGCUGCCCAUCUCCCAUCCCUCCCCCUCCUCCCUCUCUGCUGUGUCCAUGUGGGGGGAGGAGCCCAGCGCCACCUUCAGUGCAGGUAACCCAGGUCUGACCCCCGGCGGCUCCAGAGACUCCCCCCUGUACCUGAUGGACUACAUGAGCGCCGCCCCUGGCCACGCCCCCGGCCGGCCGGCGACACUGGAGGAGACGCUGCUGAGCUACAGCGAGAACGCCGAGAACGAAGGCGAGGAGGAGGAAUACCUGGAGGAGGAGGUGCUGCAGGUCGACAUGGCGACGCUGGCAGAGCAGAUCAUCGAGGCUACUCCAGAGCGAAUCAAACAGGAGGACUUCCCCAGGGGGGCAGAGUCACCGCUCAGAGAGAGGCGGGACAACCCCGCCAUCCAGGACACCUGGCUGGCCACCUACCUGGAGACGGUCGACGCCCACACACACUCCCCGCCCAGGCGGGUGUGCCCACCCUCUCCCCUCAGUGCUCUGGCCCUCCAGAGGCUCCGCCCCCCCUCCUCUGCAGCGUGGGCGGAGUUUCUGAACGCCUCGGCCAAUGGGAAGAUGGAGAGAGACUUCGCCCUGCUGACACUGACGGACGGCGAGCAGAGGGAGCUGUACGAGGCGGCCAGGAUCAUCCAGAACGCCUUCAGGAGAUACAAGGGUCGGAGGCUAAAGGAGCAGCAGGACAUGGCUGCUGCCGUCAUCCAGCGGUGCUACAGGAAGUACAAACAGCUAACAUGGAUAGCUCUGAAGUACGCCCUCUACAAGAAGAUGACCCAGGCCGCCAUCCUGAUCCAGUCCAAGUUCCGGUCGUACUACGAACAGAAGCGUUUCCAGCAGAGCCGGAGGGCAGCGGUCCUCAUCCAGCAGUACUACCGCAGCUACAAGGAGUACGAACGGCUGAAACAGGCGCCGAGAGGGGCCGCUAGCCACAACCCCAAGAUCAAAGGCUCCUUCCUGACCAAGAAGCAGGACCAGGCAGCCAGGAAGAUCAUGAGGUUCCUGCGGCGCUGCAGACACAGGAUCAAGGAGCUGAAGCAGAGCAGGGAGCUGGAGAGGAGAGGCCUGACCACCUGAAGGCCCACCACGGAUCCACCUGUCCUCCUCAGAGCUCUGGCCCUCAGCGCCGCCUGGCAGGCACAGCUCCUUUAUUUUCCCUGAGCAGAGUCUAGCAGGAAGAGAGCGGGUCGAGCCGUCAGUCCUGUCUGACAUCAACCAGCGCAGCAGUGAUCGACUUUAGGGAGCAGUGAUUCAGAAUACUCCCUGAAGUCGAUCGUUUCAGCUCAGCUUCAGGGGCGUCUGAACCCUCCUGUCAGACUCAGCUCAGGGCAGACGGAGCCCAGCGGGUCGGAGGAGCUGAACGAUGCUAACGAUGCUAAUGAAGCUACUCCUAUUUAAACACAAUCACUUACAGAACAUUCUAUAUAAUAUAUAAAUCUAUAUAUUCUAAAGUCGUGUUUCUAGAUGCUCUGGAUGUUUAUUUAUUACAGCAUGAACCGUGUGUGUGUGUGUGUGUGUGUGUGUGUGUGUGUGUGUGUGUGUGUGUGUGUGUGAGGUCCAGUCUUAAGGACACACCUCUGACCUCUGGCUCACCUGAGGACGUUCUAACAGCUCGGCAUGCUGGGUAACGUAGGGACUCAGAAGGCAGACCUGGGCGUAGUCCUCCUGGUUCGGUGCCGGGGUGACGCCAUGUCGGGGUGAUGCUGUGAGGUCAGACGGGUCCCUCCACGUCUGGACUGUAACGAGUCCGGAACCUGACGGGUGACUCAGCAGCGGCGACGGCACUUUGGCUCCACCAAUCACUGCUGCUGCUGGGUUCCCCGCCAUGCUGCUCGCAGUCCUGCUGUUUUUAUAACGUGUGCUUUAUUAGGCAGAGACUCAGCAGCGUUGCUGUGAUGUCGCGGUGACGUCGCGGUGAUGUCACAGUGACGUUGUGGCGCCGAGGCCCGAGCAUGAGCUUCGUUUCUACCCGGAAACAAUCGGUUGUUGUUGUUGAGCUGUUGCAGUGACGCUUUGCAUGAGUUUGUAUUUCAACGUUAUGCAUAUUUCAAACCUUUAAACCGAUCAAUAACGUUACCAUGGAGUCAUCAAUAAAUCAGCUGUUUGCUA